UUAGGUUAUUAAUGAAAUAAGUCAUUGGCUAGUUGAAUGAAUAUACAUUGAUUGCUGUGAACAUAUCAACUAUGUUACAUGAUAUACAUACCUUCACAUUUUAUUAAUAACCCGCUUUGUCAUGAAGAAACUUUAUAAUAUUCUUUAAAUCGACGUUUUUGUAGAAUUUUUAUAAUUUUGUUACUCUUAGCAUAUAUAUAUAUAUCUUUACACCGUUUAAUAAUAUAAAAAUGGAAAAAAAACAGAAAGUGUUGACUUGUAUGAUAAAAGGUCCUGGUCCAAUCUACAAAUUGCCAACAUUAGUUGGCUACACUGGACACGAUCCAUCGCGGCACAGAAAUCCCUCAUACAGUAUACGAGCUCGAAGAGAGGUAAAGAUGUACGUAGCGGGACCUGCUCCUCAUUAUAAUGUCAGAAAUUUAACAAAAACUGGUCGAUAUAAUCCACCAGCAUACACAAUCAGGGAAAAAAAACACUGGAGAUUGCAAGAACUCGGGCCAGGACCCGGGGCAUAUUCUCCUGAACUGUGCCCACCGAUGAAUCACAAUCGUAGAGCACCGGUUUAUAGUAUAAAAGCACGCAAAAUAACAAAAUAUCUGUCUGAAAGUCCGGGACCAAACUUGUAUGUCUUGCCAACUUGCAUCGGACCGAAAGUACCUGAUAAACCUGCUCGUGGCGCAUUCAGCAUUUCUGGCUAUCAUGUGAUUCGCGAUGAAAUAAAGAGUCCAGGUCCAGGCGCGUAUGACAGUAUGAAUUAUGAUGUUAUAAAACGACGAAGCCCAGCGUACACCCUGAAAGGAAAACACGCAUCACUUUUUGUGAUGGGAUAUCAAAGUCCGGCGCCGACGUUCUAUCCGCUGUACGACACGCGUAAACGUGCGCCUACGUAUUCCUUCGGUAUCAAACAUAGCGAGUGCGCCGGGGUACCGAUGACACAGUUGGACCAGUAUUGAAUUUUGUAAAACAGAAAAACCUAUUACGCUGCAUCAUUCAUAUAUUUGUGCAAUAAAUUUCUCUUGCGGAAAGAUAAUAAAUUUCUUCUAUUACAAUUUGUUAUAAAGAAUAAG